AACAUCCAAUGACCGCUCAAUCAAUCAAUUAAUUAAAUUCAAGGAGAAUCACACAAGGAAUAAACCCCUCCAAAAAAUUGUGUUAUUUAAUAAAUGCAAAAAAUUAAAUAAAAAUAAAAAACAACAAAUUAUAUUAAACUGCUUAAAAAAAGCAAUUUCCUGUGGGCAUCUGAAGUGACAAAAGUGACAAUCAAUAACUAUCUGUGUGUGUUGCAACAAAUUGGAGUGGUGCGGAAUGCCGCCGCAACUGACAACAAUAAAAAAAGCUAACUGACCACAGAAGACGACAAGAUCUCAAGAGCAUUCAGCAUAUCCUAAAGACAACGAAGAUGCUUGCGACACAAAAGACAACGACAACAACAGGCAGCACACGCGAAGAUGAGACCAACAUCGAGCGCCAGCGUCGCGAAUCGACCACCUCAGAGUCCUCGCUGGAGCACCUAGACUUGGGCCGCACUCCGAAAAAGCUCAGCAGCAGCGGCGGUGCACCGCAGCCGACCUCAACGCCACACAACCUCACGAAUGGUAACGGCAGUGCCGGCAGCGAGCAGUCACGCAAGCGCAAGCUGCGUCAUCAGCAGCUUCAAGACGAGCAGCCACAGGAGCCGCUCUCCGAUGAGGAGGAGCAUGAGGCUGUGUUGUCGCACAGCGACGAGACCUCACAGCGACUGCGCCACAAGCAGCGUCGGAGCAGCGGGCGUACAGCCACGGCCAGCAUCGUGGCAGACUACAGUGGUGGCGAUGCGAGCUCGUUGCGCAAAAAGUUCAGACUAAACCGCAGCAAUGCCACUCCGGCCGGCGAGCUGUCCGAGUCAGGCUUUGUGGACGCCAGCGGCCAUAGCGGCUACUUGCUGAAUGCCUCGUCCGCUUCAUCUGGCCCGGUGAAGCCGCCAGUGGUGACUCCCAGCGCUGGUAGCAGUCACAGUAAUAGCAGCAGCAGCAGUGGCGGCGGCUCAGGCGCUUCAUCGCCUCAUGGUCUCUCCAGCGCCGAGUCUGGCAUUGGAGCUGUCGAUGAGCACAUGAAGUACUUGUGCCCUAUUUGCGACGUAGUGUCAGCCACGCCACAUGAGUUUACAAAUCAUAUUCGCUGCCACAAUUACGCCUCCGGUGAUACGGAGAACUUCACGUGCCGCAUUUGCUCAAAGGUUCUAUCGUCUGCCUCUUCGCUGGACCGGCAUGUGCUGGUACAUACUGGCGAGCGGCCCUUCAACUGCAAGUACUGCCACCUAACCUUCACCACCAACGGCAACAUGCAUCGCCACAUGCGCACGCACAAGCAGCAUCAGCAGCAGCCAGCGGCGACGACGACAGCGACCCAAGGGCAGCGACGUCAUUCGCAUGGCGCCAAAAAUGGUUCCGGGGCGGCGGGUGCCAAUGCGGGUGCCCAGCGCCUCAAUGGGGGCGGCGAAAGCUAUGAGAGUGAUGGCAGUUGCUCCACGGAUGUCUCCAGUACCAAUAGCCAAAGCUCAAAGCAGCAACAGCAGCUGCACAACAACAACAAUAAUAACAACAACACUAACAAUAACAACGACAGCCAUAAAACGAACAACAACAACAACAACAGCAGCAGCAACAUUGCUGGCAAUUUAAAGCGUCAGCAGGGCGUCGACGCAGCCGCCAUGUCUAAGCAGCGACGCGUGAAGACCACAAUCAACAACAACAUAAUCGACGCGGAUGUGGAUGUGGACGUUCACGCCGACGCCGACGCUGAUGCCGAUGCCGAUGCUGACGAUGAUGACGGUGGCGCUAACUCCGAUGUGGACGGUGAUAUUGAAGCUGACGGCGAUGGUACCCCCGCUACUAGCGUUACAACGCCCCUCUCUUCGCCAGCUCACGUGGCCAUUACCAGCACCCCUGACGUGGCCACCUUGCUGGCCGGUGCUUCUACCUCUCCAACACACUCUUCGGCCGAGGCGUCGUUGAGUAUGGGACUGGGAUUCAGCUGCCCGGCCUGUGGUGCCGCUGACUUUGAUAACCUGCCCGCGCUUUGUACGCAUAUGGAUGCGGCGCAUGCGGAUAUAUCUGCCAAAUGUCGCGAAUGUGACGUGGUGUUCCGCAGUCAUCGCCAACUGAUGGCACAUCCCUGCAGCCACCGAGGAUUGCCAGGGACAGGGACAGAGUCGGAGCUGCCCCCUUUAUUGGGUGCCAGUUCGUCGCCAUUGCAUGAGGCGAACGACGAUGGUGAGAGGGAGGAUAAUGUAGAUGCUGAUAGAGUUGGGGAGGUCGACGAUGAGGAGUUGGCAGCGGCAGAACAGCGAGUAGACUUCUUUCGUCAACUCUACCUCAAGAACAAGGCAGCUGUUGCAGGCGAAAGUGCGGCCAUGUUGUCACCAAUCUAUGGAGCCACGGCUACGACUGGAGCUUGCGGCAGCGGUGGCGAGAUAAAGUACGAGCCAGAUGGCAAGGAGCUGGCCGACAUACAGUCUAUACUGAACAUGACCAGCUCGUCAUCCACCUCCAAUUUUCUGCGCAACUUCGAGCAGACAGUCAACACGCCCUCCAGCCAAUACAGCUUGGAUGGCAAGGAUGAGGAGGAGGCCCAGGACGCUUUCACAUCGGAAUUUCGCAAGAUGAAGCUGCGCGGUGAGUUCCCCUGCAAACUCUGCAGUGCCGUCUUCCCCAAUCUGCGCGCCUUAAAGGGACACAAUCGUGUUCAUCUCAGCGCUGUGGGUCCGGCCGGUCCUUUCCGCUGCAACAUGUGUCCCUAUGCAGUUUGCGACAAGGGGGCCUUGGUACGACACAUGCGCACCCACAACGGCGACCGUCCUUACGAAUGUGCCGUCUGCAACUACGCCUUUACCACCAAGGCCAACUGCGAACGUCAUCUGCGCAACAGACAUGGCAAGACGACGCGCGAAGAAGUUAAGCGUGCCAUUGUGUACCAUCCCGCUGAGGACGCUUCCUGCGACGAGGCAACCUCCACAACCUCCAAGAAUGCGUCGCGCAUGCAGCAGCUCUAUGGAGAUGCGGGCGAUCUUGAUUUAGCCGACCUUAGCUUCCGCUCAGUCACGCCCACAUCAGCGCCAGCUUCUGUAGAACAGCAUGCCACGCCCGUCUCGCAACUGAAGCACAUGCUGCUUGCCGAAGGACAGCCACCAGCCAAGAUCCAGGUGAAGAGUUUGGACCAGCUGGUGGACAAGUCGCAACAGCAGCAGCAGCAACAACAGUCAGAAACAAAACCAGCUACGCCUGCCACCAGCACCACACCAAUGGACCUCAGCAUGGAUGUAUUAGACCUUAGCAAGAAGCCCACGGCCCCCGUCCCCACGGUGGCCCCAGUGGACGAGCUGGCAGCCGCCCUAGAGCAGCAACAACAGCAGCAACUGCUGUUAUCCCAACACCCUCUUAUGUGCGCCGGCGAUCCAACACAAUACAUGCAGCAGAUCUUUCGUAACUUGAUGUUUCAGCAGCCCUCGCCGUUUGCUUUCUUCAAUUUCAUGCCGCCCGCCAAUUCGGCCAAUCUCGCGGAGUCGCUGUUAAAGCGCAUGUUUAGCAGUGCCGCAGGCAAUAGCACGAUCCCACCAACUCCGUCAUCUGGCGGUGGGAAUGGCCCAGAUAAGCUAACCCCAUCGGCUCUAUUGCCGCAGAUAAGUCCGCUUAUGGCCGGGGCAGAGAAGCCAGUGUCGUCGCUGUUGCCACCCCAACACCCACAUCCGCACGCACAUCCACAUCAACAUCCUCAUGCCGCCGGGGUGCCGCUGCCUGUUGGUCCUGUAAAGAUGGUCAUCAAAAAUGGCGUGCUCAUGCCGAAGCAGAAGCAGCGCCGGUACCGCACAGAGCGCCCCUUCGCCUGCGACCACUGCUCGGCUCGAUUCACUCUACGGUCCAAUAUGGAACGGCACGUGAAGCAGCAGCAUCCGCAGUUCUAUGCCCAGCGCCAACGUAGUGGCCACCACGUUAUGCGUGGUCGAGGAGCCGCUGCAGCUGCCGCCGCCAUGAAUAGCAUCAGCCAUCUAAGCUUCGCGGCUGGUCAACAACAAUCAGCAGCGCAUCAUAGCCAUCAUCAGGGCGUUCCUGGAAGUACUGGAGGCACCACACACAUCUCCGUUCAAGUGAAGCAUGCCAUACUGGCGCAGCAGCUCAAGGCGCGCAAGGAUACGGAUCUGUUGCAGCAGGCCCUGGCACAUGGUUCCAGCAGUGUGGCUGCGAAUCCGUUGCUUCACUUCGGCUAUGGCCACUUAAAUGGCGCCAUCCAACAUUGCAACACAAAUGGCAGUAGUAGCAGCCACAGCGCCUCAAGUACCAACCACAAUGUCUCUAACAACAACGGCGUCAUAGACGAUGAUGAGGACAAGUUGGUAAUUGAUGAGGACGAUGUGGAGGAAGAGGAUGAGGAAGAGAUGGAAGAGGAAGUCGAUGAAAUGGAUGAUGACGACGCCGAAGAGCAACAGAUGCAUGCGGAGCCAGCAACAGGCACUGCUGCAGACGACUCGGAGGACAUUAAGAUCUUGCCCAAGCCGCUGGAACAGCUGACCAAGGUGCGAACACCAUCGCCCAUGGCGCCCAAAAGUCCACCCGAAUCCAAUGAAGCGGCUAAGAAGAUGGCCGACAGCAUACUCGAACUGGCUAUAAAGAAGGCCGCAAAACCAACUACCGUCGCUGUCCCCGCCACAGAUUCGGCCACAUCGCUAGCAAGCCGGCCAACACCCACACCACCACCUGCACACACCAUGAAGACAAUGAUUGCUCAAGUCGAGUCGGUGGCCAAGUCGCUCAAAGAGGUUGCCAGUUCACCAUUCAAAGACGAAUCUCAGGAUCUGGUACCCGUAUCGAAGCUCGUCGACAAUGCAAACGCUGCCAGUGCCUCGUUCAACACCUAUUUCCGACCCAGUGACGUGGCCAACCACAUGGAGCAGAGUGAUGAGGAGGGUCUUGUCGCCUCUGGCAGCGCCAGCGAAAGCAACAACUCUGGCACCGAAGACGUCACAACCAGCAGUACCGAACCAAAGAAGAAAUCCGCGUACAGUCUGGCCCCCAAUCGCGUCUCAUGCCCCUACUGCCAACGCAUGUUCCCCUGGUCCAGUUCGCUGCGUCGUCAUAUCCUCACGCACACCGGCCAGAAGCCCUUCAAAUGCUCUCACUGCCCGCUACUGUUCACCACCAAGAGCAACUGCGAUCGCCACCUGCUGCGGAAGCACGGCAACGUGGAGUCCGCCAUGUCCGUCUAUGUACCCACCGAAGAUGUCAACGAGCCCAUACCAGUGCCCAAGUCGGUGGAAGAGAUCGAGCAGCAGCAGCGCCAACGUGAAGAGGAGGAGCGUCGACGCAAGGCGGCCGAGCAAUUAGAGCGCGAACGUCGUGCCCAACAGCAGGCGGAACAGCGACAACGUGAGCGCGAACGUGAGCAGCAAAAGGAACAGCAGGAGCAGCUUUUCAAGCAGCUAGCUGCCGCCGCUCAAAAAAUUAACGCCGCUGCUGUCGCAGCCGCCGCGGCCGCCGCCGCAGCUGCAGCCACUGCUGAGGCGAACGGCAACACCAACUCCGACUUGCCCUACAAGUGCCACCUAUGCGAGUGCUCCUUCAGUGAGCGCCUGCAGUGCCUCGAGCACAUUAAGCAGCACCAUGCCCAGGAGUUUGCACUGCUCCUCGCCAAGGGUGCCAUCGAGACUGACGUCCUAGAGCCCUCUCCUCCGCCACCCCCACUGGUCUCUGGUGCCGGUUCUGAUGAGGAGCACGGCAGCGCGAGUGCCGCUCGAUCCGGAAAGUAUCCAGACUACAGCAAUCGCAAAGUGAUCUGCGCCUUCUGUGUGCGCCGCUUCUGGUCCACGGAGGACCUGCGUCGGCACAUGCGCACCCACUCCGGCGAGCGGCCCUUCCAGUGCGAGAUCUGUAUGCGAAAAUUCACGCUCAAGCACAGCAUGCUGCGCCACAUGAAGAAGCACAGCGGACGACCCUACAAUGGGGCCAACGGCACCGGUUCUGAGCACGGCGGCUCCGAUUGCUCCGACGACGAGCAGUCAUCGACGCCACCACCCACACCCAUGUCGACCAAUGCAAUUGCCCCACCAACUUCAACUUGCCACAACAACAACAACAAUAGCAACAACAACAGCAAUAUGAAUACCAAUAAGCUGGCCUGUCUGCGCGGUCCCAAGCUGCACGAGCUGCUGGACAAGGCGAAUGAGUGGCGUGCGAGUCGCUUGGGCGAGCAGAAGGAGAACAUUGGCGGAAGCGAGGCGGCAUCAUCGGGCACCACAGUGCCCAGCAGCGGGGACCUCAUCGGUAACCUCUUGGGCAUCAGCGAUCAGGGGAUACUCAACAAACUGCUCUCCUCACCAGACGAGGCCGCCAAGCUGUUGGGUGUGGAGAAGUAGGCGCCACUAGUCACUGGCCAGUGGCCACCCAGAGACCAAGACAUGUCAAUCUAUAUAUACAUAGAUAUAAAUUGAUUCAAGAGUAGAUCUAAAAUUGGAGCAACGAAGCGCAGCGCCUGCGAAAAGUGCGUCCAUCAUCUUGUGGUACUUUUUUUUCUAGUUCUUAGUUCAUUUUUUUGAAAUGGUUUUUUUUUUUUUUUUUAAGCAAAUCGUGGAACUCGUAUACCAAAGCCUAUAUAGUUUGUCAAUCUUAAUUAUCUUACUUAUACUAGAUGCCGGUUAGUUUUCAACAAGCAUUUACAUUUCUAGGGCAAACAUUUGCUGCAAUUUAUAAUUUACAAAUAAUUAGCAUUACUUGUAGUUUCCGAAUGUGAAAACCAUUCCUAUUGCUUUCAGUUAAUAAUAUUACAUUAGCGGGAGAACUUUGAUCAGAUCCGAUCGAUUUGAUGGGAUUAAUGAUCGAAGUGUCGAGUAGUUGUGGAGAAAUUGUUAGACGGUACAACCGAAGAUUGUUGGAAAAGUCACCAAUGAAUCAAAAUUAGAAAAUUUAAUUUACACAAAAUAUAUACAUUAAUGUAUAAAUAAGGACGUUUUUCUUCUUCUUUUUUUUGCAACAUUUUCAAGUGGAGUUUUCACCUUUUUUUGUUAAACUUAUUAAAUACGAAACCAUAUACAACAAAUGGCAACAACAACGAACACUUUAUUUGUAUACUUAGAUAUAGUACAUACUAUAUGAUUAAAUAAACCUUAAAUACUUUGAAAAUAAAACAAAUACUUUAAGCACACAAAAGACUUAAGUUUUGGAGUGACGAGACGAGAAGCAACAAAGAAAACUACAAACAAGUAUGUAAGGAAAUGCCUUCUUUAACAUAAAUAUAUAGAAAUACCUAAAAAUAUAUAUAUACAUAUAGAACAUCUUUUUUUUUUAAACAAUAUUGUACAUUUCUGAGGCCUUGAAACCGCAGCGUGGCUUAUGCGUAACUUUAAUUAUACAUUUAAAAAUAAAAAUAAAUUAAUUACAAACCGCCUUCAACAAUGACACAUUCAAAUAUUUCAACCCACUUAUACAAAUGGAUGGCAUAGACUUAGUCAGUUAAUAGUUCUAAAACAAUUCAUUUGCACACUGUGGAAA